UAAUCCACGUGAAAUGCCUCGAGCAUGCAUACUUGCAAAUAGUGUUUCUCUCAUAUCGGAGCUCCCAACUCGAGAUAUUUGUGCUGUCACAGUUGGUAUGACUAUUGAUACCAUAACCAACCUUCGCCAAGCGAUGACUUCAAAAAGGUUGUAUCAUACUGCUGCAAGAGUGAUUUAUCGCUUGUAAUCGGCAGUGACAUCAAUGCUCACCAUAUCAUUUGGGGCAGCACAGAUGUAAAUUCUAGAGGCUCUGAUAUGAUGGAAUUUGUGAGCAGUACAAACCUGCACAUAGUCAAUGCAGAAAAUCGUCCAACUUGGAAUUUGCGCAAUGGGUUGGUAAAUUGGCUCAUCUCUGAUUAGCUCGAACCUUCGUUAUCUGAUCAUAAGUACAUCUUCUUUGAUCAUUCAAACGUUAUCACAUAUCGAAAUCCCAAAUCUACAAACUGGGACCUCUAUGAAGAGGGUUUGGCGACUAGAUUUUAAGGGUACCAACCAUUGAUUUGGAAAAUGUUGUCGACGAGACAAACUCACUCACAGUUGCAGCAUAUGAAGAGGCUUGUCGACUUCGGAUUGUGCGAGAGGAACUCCUUGGUGGAAUGCCGAACUUGCUAGACUAAGGAAACUAUGCAGAAGAGCUUGGAACCGCCGACACAGAGAUGGGUCGGAGGCAUUCGAAGGGCUUACAAAAAUGCUCAUCGAUCGUCUGAGCGAAGUGGUUGGGAAAGCCUUUGCACAUAUGUUUCUAGUCUCAACGAGACUAGCAGAUUAAAUAAGUUACUUUCGAAAUCUAAGGACUUUAAUGUCGGUUACUUAAGAACUUCAGAUGGUGAGUGCUUGUCUGAUGAAGGUGAUGUACUUCACUAUUUUUUUAACACUCACUUUCCAGGAUGUAUGGAGCCAUCACCGACAGCUGUUCCUGAGACCUUUUCGGGUAGUUACGAUUCUUGGGCCCUUGCUCGAAGAAUUGUGACGAUUGAAUCGGUCAAAUGCGCAGUUGCUACUAGCCACACUCGCUUGUGGUCUCAACUGGUUACCUGGGAUGAGUAUUUACUCACUCCUAGUGACCUAACUCUCACAUGCAGUUUUCCUUUCAAAACAUUCAAUGUGAGCUAUCCUCUUCGUGAGGAAUGGUUGUCUGGUUGUCUGGAACGACAACUUGAUGAACACAUAGUUUGUUAUACGGCCGGUUCUCUGUUGAAGGGUCGUGCUGGUGCUGGUGUCUACUGCCGUGAAAUGAGACUAGAGCAGUCUCAUUCACUUGGUAGAUACUGUACUGUGUUCGAAGCGCGAUUCUGUGUGGAAUACAAUCUGUGGUAAAUGAAUUUUUUUUUCGACAGUCAGGCAGCCUUAAAAGCACUCAGUUCGAAUGAUUCAAGGUCGAAUCCAAUGAUCGCAUGUCGAACUCAAAUUGAAGACCUCAGCAUUUCAAAUGCUGUUUACUUCUUAUGGGUACCCGGCCAUUCUGGUAUUACUGGAAUUGAAUGGGCUGAUGAGUUGGCUAGAGCUGGUGCAACGAAUGAUUUCGUUGGUCCUGGACCAGCUUUACCAAUUUCAACUAGUUGGAUAAAGCACAAGAUUCGUUCUUGGGCUGCAUCCAAACAUGCCAGCUACUGGCGCAGCUUGCAAACUUGCGCUCAGACAAAAGCAUUUUUACCAGAAUUAAAUCUAAAAAUGUCAAAGUGUCUACUGCAUUUUUCCAAGCAUCAUUGCAGUAUUCAAAUUUUAUCAUAACGCACAAAUCUCCAAAUAUCAAGGGGAACGUACCAUUUGAGCCAAUUUGUACUGAUUCUUGGCUAGAGCUCGUGAAAAGAAUGAUUUCGUUGGUCAAAGCUCGGACUGGACAUUGCAAACUCAAUUAUCACAUGGCUACUGUUCAGCGUGCCGAGUAUUAUUCGUGUGAUUUGUGUGAAUGCGAUUACGGUACUUCAUAUCAUCUGAUAUGUAACUGUCCCGCAUUGAGGCAACUACGUAUCAAGGUUUUUGGUUCUCCGUACAUGGUUGAAUCUGUGUAUGCGGAGCUAAAAUUAAAGGAUAUUCUAUCCUUUCUCACCCAAUUUUGUAUUGAACUUAAAUACGUUUUAGAAGAUUGUUUAUCAUCCUUCAUGGGGUGCCGAAUUUACUUCUGCUUGUAGAUACUGCGAAUCGUUCUGUAUUCUUCCGGGAAUGCAGGAUUGUGCCGCUUUUGUAAAAUCUCUAAAUCUUGUCGGGGUUUAUUAAUUGUGAAUUUUGGCAUCUACAGAUCGUUCAGCAUCCUUUCGGGCAUGCUUUCCCACCUCAUUCACUUCACAACUGUAAUGCUCAAAGUUGGAACUUAAUCGUGAGCUAGAAUAGCUCCUGGAGCACUUACUUUUCCGCCUUUUCUAUAAUUUUCCGUUAAAUCACCCAAAUGAAAUCCACACAUUUUCUCCCAUUUAUUUCUUAAGUCUGUAUUACAAGAAAAUAGGAGAAAACCGAACGUUCUAUCGAAACGAUUUUUGCUAAAUUUAGGAGCACACUUCAUUUUUACUUUUCAUAUUUUUACUCUUUUGUAUUCAAACCGAAUACUGACACGAAUUCAAGUUUUUGAAUAUAAAAUCACAAAAAUCAUUUGGAAGUUCAACAAAUUAGCCUGGUUGCCAAAGCAAAUAACAAAACGAUUGUGCAGUGACCGAAGCCCCAGUUUGACGGAUAUUCUUAUUACAACAGGGACUCUACCAAAGAUGUAUCAGGUUUUGCACGAACAUGACAUAACCUCACAAACAUGGACAAAACGAAUCAAUUUUGACAGCUGUUACUGGUUUGUUUGUGUGUUCAUAGCGUGAGAACGUUCACGGUCCAUAUUGCCCAAAUAGAGUUUCAAAACAUUUGUUAACGAUUCGUUUCAGUGAUUUAUUAAAUAAAAGUGGCUAGUUGUGAAGUGUAACGAUGAUUGUUUGAGAUGUGUUCCUCGAUUUUGUUUAAACUUGUUUGUAUACAGUACCGUUGAACUGUCAAGAAUGAAUGCUCGUUCAUUUGUGACGUCACGAUAAAAAAUCUAAUCGAGAAACACAUCUCAAACAAACAAUCAUACACUUCGCAACUAGUCACAUUUAUUUAAUAAAUAUUCAAAACAAACCGAAUCGAAUCGUCAACAAAUGAUUUUAAACUCUUUUUAGGUGGGAUGGACCAUGAACGGUCUCAUCCGCCUGUCAACAGACAAACAAAAAAACUGUGCUGCUGUUUACCGAUUUAAGUACGAUUCAGACGGUCCGGCUUCUUCCGUCACCGUCACCGGAACGUCAACGUUCGUCACCGUCAUUCUGAUUCACAUGAUCCGGUUUCCUAUCCGUGUCCGUCAUGUCAUUUUCUUACACGCAGAAUUUAAAGAACUUAGUUUCGCACAAUUUUAUUUCACUAAUACAAAAUCUGGGAGCUUUUGAAGCCAAUCGAUCUGUUGUUUUCCUACCUUUUAAUCGAAUAAAUAACUUUCAAAAUUAACUAGAAAGAGGAAAAAACAAAACAAUCAGUUCCGCUCAACAACGUAACGUACUUUGCAAAUCUACUGAUAAGAUUAAUUAUUAAAAGUGGUAUAUUUCGUUUAAGAGUGGGUUCUUGACACCGAAUACAUACAUAACAAAUCAUAUGAAUCGUACAUGUGUGCGAUAAUCACAGUCCGUCAAAUAUUCUUUCGAGGAAAUGUUGAAGGAGUUUACCGUUAACGGACGUUGACGUUCCGGAUCUCUGCUGGAUCGUGUGAAUGCGCAAAGGGAAAACUCAUUUGACUAAUUUUGACGGAGGCUGACGUUCCGGUGACGGUGAUGGAAGAAGCCGGAAGGUCUGAAUCGUACAUUAGAUUAGCAACAGAGCUGUCAGCUGUUUUUAAAAAACAUCUGUAUUUGGCAGUUCGAAAAAAAGGAAACAAUACAUACAAACUGAAAAUCGGUAUUUAUCUGUAUGAAAAUUUAAUUAUCGGUAUUUUAAGAGACCAUAUCUGUAUUCCUGUAUUCUAAAAUAAAUCGGAAUAGUUGGCAGCGCUGGUUAGCAGUGAAAGUAAAAAAAAAACUAAUUUGCCAGUCUGUUUCUAUAAGAGUCUUUGAGAAAAACUGCUAUCAUGUUGGAAAAAGGAGCUACCGUCCGGAAAACUACGACAAGAAUGAGCAAAAUACUGCUUAAUUACUGCCGUUAUUUUUUUCUCUAAUAUUGACAUUUGUCUAAGGCUGUGCUUUAAACUUGCAAUGAAUGUCACAUAUAAUUGAAAAUAAUUGAAUUAAAACAUUCAGCAUGUAAAACAGAACAGUUUUAAAAGUAAUAGAAUCAGUAAGAUUACUGCCAAAUCUAGAUAAGUUUUGUUUCAUAAUCGUGAUCCAAAUUCGUAAAACUUUCAAUAAUUAUGCAUCUAGAAAUGAAACAAGCUCUGAUAAUAAAAUAAACAACAAUUUGGUAUGUUACCAUGACGCUACUGUUCACUGAAAGAGCGCGCGGAGCUGUUGACACAAACACUCACAAAAUCAAACAAAACAUAUCGCAUGUCUUUUUACAAGCAAGGGUUCAAAACUCGGCAUUGAGGUUCUUUUGAGAAAACUCAAGCCAUAACAAUGUUAAUCGCUUGAAACGAACCUGAUUUAGGUUACCUCAACUUAACAGUGUACCGGUAUUAAAAUCUGGCUCAUAACUUGUCGAACUCGAAGAAAGCCUCAAACAAAUGGUUUGACAUUGGUUAGGUUUUGCAUCAAACGAAGUCGACAAUAAUCUCAGAAUGAACACUUUCAAAACCGCGGUUGCUCUCUGAUAUUUUCGGGCUCGCUUGGAUCCCGUUUUGAACAAAGACAACCCUGCACAUGUUUGUUGACGUCUGAUUCCAAAAAUACUUGUAUAAGUUGUCCCAAAAAAUAACAUUGGGCGAAUGCUUGCUGUUCCGAAACACGUAUCACAGUUUCGUACAGUUAAAAAACAAAAAAAUAACUGUAUCAAUGAACCCACAAAUGGGUAGCAUAAAAAGCACGUUUUUCUAGACUUAUCUACCAUUUCUUCGAAGACUCAACCACCGCUCAAUAUGUGGUGGAUUCUUAGUGUUUUUUUACUGCUCACAAUCGUGACAAUUGGUGAUGCCAAUCAUCAAGCAGUGCUGAAAAGUUUACAUCAUGCCGGAAAAGAGUGCAAUCAGUAUCUGGACCAACCGGACUACGUUAACGAUCCCUGUCAGGAGCGCUGUCAGCUGAUGGUGCUGCGCUCAUGGAACGAUUCGACCGAUGUCAUUGGAAUUCCUUUGGCACGCCAUUAUUCCGUCCGUGACUAUGGCAACGUGAAGCGUACGGUCGACUGUGUCGAGUUGAAACUUCGCAAUAUUCCAUCGUAUGACGUUUGCAAGCGAGCAUCACUUUCGGCUGAUUGUUUCCGACAAAAUUACGGAAGCGCUCUUCAAACACCGCAGCUCGCACCUCAGUCUAAAUUGCAACGACAGAAUACAGUACUUGAAUGUGCCCGGAUCUUGCAAAUCGAGCCCGGUGAGCUGUCGACGUAUGCCAGUUCAGAUUUCUUGUUCAACCAAAAAGCGCGCUGUCUGAUCCGAUGCGUCAUCAUCCGUCAAGGAUUGUACGACGACGUCCGGGGACCAGAUCUGGAUCGUAUGUACGUGCAGUGUGGUGGUUACGAUUCACCGGAAGAAGUGUUCAAGCGAGACGCUCAGCAGUGCAUCGAUCGGCUGAAAUCGGAGUGCAUGGAUAAUUGUACACUGGCAGCACGGAUUACUAGGGAAUGUUUUCCACAAAAUUCUGGACCCAACAGUGAUACGCAGGAUAUGAUCACAGGUCUUUUGAGCGGAGUUCCAGGUGUAGGAAUUAUAAUCGAUGCAUUGUUCUCAUCAAAAUCACCACUUGAUGCGGUCGGUUCUGUACCAGAGCUUCCAAUCGGUAAAGGUGCUGCAAAUGAAAUGACUAAAAAAUUAGGUAUUAAAGUUAAGUAAUAAUACUGAAUACCUGAACUGUGUUUUUGUAUAAAUUAAUAUUUUUCCUUCUAAAUUUUAAGUACUGGUAUUGAUGCACGGGUCUGUAUAUUUAGAAAUCCUUUUCUUCAAGAGUUCAAGAGUUCAAGAGUUCUAGAGUUCUACAGUUCUAGAGUUCUAGAGUUCUAGAGUUCAAGAGUUCAAGAGUUCAAGAGUUCAGGAGUUCGAGAGUUCAAAAGUUCAAGAGU